AUGGCUGCUCCUGCUGAAAAGACUAUUAAGGACCUCAACGGUCGCUGGACUAUGAACAAAACGAUCUCGAACGAUACCGACCCCAUUCUGUCUCUUCAAGGAAUCUCCUGGUUAACACGGAAGACCAUCGGCCUUGCGACCAUCACCCUUCAUGUCAAGCAGUACAAUGACGACGCUGGAAUUUCCCACGUUGACAUUGCGCAAACCCUCACCGGCGGCAUUUCGGGCACCACCGAACAGCGUGUCCUAGGCUGGGAGGAGCACGAACACACCGACCACAUCUUCGGCACUGUCAGGGGCCGAUCACGAUAUGUACGCGGCACCGCACCAGCAGACGGUAAGGUUCGCCCAGAUGUCGAAGUUCAGACCAAGGCUGGAGACGAGCAGGUGGCUGUCACCAAGUUCUUGAAGGGUGAAACCUUGGCGGACGGAUCCGAAGUGGAGGGGUUCGUGGCUGGUGAGGGGGAGGAUUUCUGGGUGCAGAGCUGGGUGGAGAGCGUCAAUGAUGGCUGGACAGCUGAGCAGGUCUGGGGGUUUGAAGUUAUCGACGGCGUGAGGCGGUAUACCCGCCGUGUGGUGGCCGAGAAAAACGGCAAAGUCAUUAAGGCCAGACUGGUUUACGAUUAUCUUGGCAGCGAGUGA